CACCAUCAAAGACUUAUCUGGUGGGGAUCUGGGGCAGCCCGGGUGGCCGGGGCUGGUGCCAGCGCGCUCGCGAUUUCCCAGGCUGCCUGCGGAAGGAAAGCUCGCGAUUCGGAGCAGCUCAGUCAGUGGGAACACCUGCGCCGUUGCUCUGGGGCAUGGGGAGUGGGGAGCGCGCGGGUUUCUUCCAGACGGCGGGAAGCGUGCGACUCGAGAGUUGCAGCAGUACGUCCGCUAGUCCUUAGGAAGGCACUAGAGGAGGCCGUGCAUUAUUAUUACCGGUAAAGCUUUUUCGUGAAACAAUAAAAUAUAGGAAAUUGAAUGUAAACAAAAAGAGAUACAAAAAGGGAAAAAAAUAGUAUGGGGUCCUCUCUUAAAGGUAGUUCUUAACGCUUGCCAUCCACAGAAGUAGACCCUCCCAGCUCUCGUGUGUGUGUGUGUGUGUGUGUGUGAUUUAUUCAAUUUAUAUACAGCCUUUAUCAAAAGAUCCCAGGACGGUGUACAACAUUAAGAGCACACAAACACAUAUAUUCACACGGGCAUACAGGUACACUGGUAGGUAGAUCAAAUAAUAUGGAGAGCAUAUCAGAGAAUGCCUUGGUCAUUUUAUACACACACACACUGAUAUGCUCUCCAUAUUAUUUGAUCUACUUAGAAGAUUUAUUCAUUUGUGUGUGUGUAUAUAUACAGUAUAUAUCUCAGAGCUGGACUUUAAUAUGAUGCCUUGAGCAAAGACAAAAUUUGGGGCAACCACUAAAUAUUUCUUAUUUUCACAAUAAUUCCUUUAGGCACAGUUUCUUUUUUUCAGAUCUUCUCAGUAGGUACUGAUAUAUAGUUGUUGUUGCUGUUGUUGUUAUGUUGUUAUGUGCCUCCUUAGCUCAGCGCCCUGUGCGGGGGAACAACCCACACUGCCCUAAAGCCAGUGCACUGUGUGUGUGUGUUUUUGUGUGUGAUUGCUUGUACACUGCUUGAAGAGCUUUUUCUUAUUUUCUUCACCUCGGAAGACAGUUCAGAAACUUUAGCUGGUAAAGAAUUUGGUGGCCAGGUUGCAAGGCGGUUUGAGCUUGUUGCACCGAUCCUAGCCUGACUGCACUGGCUGCCAAUUAGCUUCUGGUCCCAAUUCAAAGUGCUGAUUUUAACCUAUAAAGCCCUAAAUGGCUCAGGACUACCAUACCUCAAGGUCUGCCUCUCCUCAUAUGAACCAACCGGACCCUAAGAUCUCUGAGGCCCUUCUUUGUGUGUCUCCUCCACAACACAAGAAUGGGCCUUUCCUGUGGUGGCUCCCUGCUUGUGGUGACUCACCUGGUGCCUUCAUUACAUGUCUUUAGGUGCCAGGUGAAAGUGCUUCUCCUCAACCAGGUGUUCAGCUGAUUAACAUUCUAUGGCUUUUUAAAUGUAUUGGUGGGAAGGUUAUAAGCUUUUGUUUUAUUCUGUAUUUUGUGUUCUCAAAUUGUGUUUUUCUGUUGUCAACCUCUCUAGGAUGCUCAGAUGAGGAGUAGUAGUACAAAUAUAAUAGAUGAUGAUGAUGAUGAAUGAAUGAAUCUUCUAAGCAGAUUAAAUAAUAUGUACAGCCAUAAGGAUGAUAGCUCUAACAAACAUGGUUUCGAGCACCAAAAUUUCCUUCCGCAGGAGCACCUUAAAAGAUUGCAGAUUUAAUGGACUUUCAAGUCUUGAAUAAACUAUUGGGAGGGGACUGUUAAAAAGACAAGACCUUGAAAACAAGAGACAUCUGGUAUAUUUAUUGAGUUUGAUGGAUAGCAGAGGAUUUUCUUUUGUUGUUGCUGGGUCAUAGAGUUCAGGAAAAUAAUAGUUCAUAGAAGCUCCUUGGAAUUUAAUUAGUGGUUCUUCCUGUUUAUUGGUGGGGGGAAGACUCCAAGGAUUGCAUUGAAUGGGAUGUAGCUACAGAAUCUCCCCAGAAAAGGCAUCCCCAUUGAAAACUAUCAAAUGCACUUCAGGAUAUAAUAUCAUUUAGAAAUUAUUAUUAUUAUUUAUUAAAUUUGCAUACCGCCCUAUACCCACAGGUUUCAGGGCGGUUCACAACAUAAAAUCACAAUAUAAAAACACAAAAUACAUAAUAAAAACAGAAACAAAAACAACCCGAGAACCACCACCCACCUCAUCACAUUUUAAAAGGGCAUUGGAUGCCAAUCAGCCAAAGGCCUGGGUGAAGAGGAAUGUUUUUGCCUGGAGCCUAAAAGUAUAUAAUGAAGGCACCAGCCAAACAUUCAUGGGAAUAUCUCCAAUUUCUGGAAAAUCAGCAUUAUAAGGCCUCCGUUGUAACCAAGGCCAACAGAUUUAGUUGUCGCCUUUAUAGAUUGAGCAAUGAAGGUGACUUUUUAUUUUAUGCUUUUCUUUAUUGUAAUUCUGGAAAAACUCCAUAAAAUAGAAAGUGAUUUAUGUGCUUAUUAUGUAUCUAUCCCACUCCACUAAGGAGCUCACGGCAGCGUACAUGGUGCCCUCAUAUUAUCCUCACAACGAUCCUAUGAGGAAGAGUUCACAGAUGAGUGCGGAUUUGAACCUGGGUCUCCCUGGUCUUAGUCUGACACAUUUGCCAUUAUGUUAAAUUUGGUGCAGCACAAGCUUUUGUGAACUAAGCUGUGCUUUUCAGAAAGAAAGCUCCAGAUAAGGUAUCUAUCCUUGGUUCCCUGGAUCAGGGAAGUGGUAUCUAAACUGAGAUUCAGUUGAAUCUUAACUCAUACGAAGAGCAUCAGUAGUUAUUUUGGAUGUGGGGUCCCCGAACUCUUUCCAAGCGAUUGGCAGGAUGGAUCAAUAGAGAAACAAUUUAGUGUGGGAUGUGAUACAUAAGUAGCAGCCAAAUACAACAUUCCUUGUUUUCCUAGAGUGGACAUGCAAGGGGAUGUUUGGUCCAGCCAGUCGAAACUUCCUUGUUCCUCCUGGGCUGGAGCAUACUUCCUUUGCAUGUGACUAGAGGUGGGCAUGUCCUUACCUGUCCAGGUAACAAAAGGACAAGGCAUGCUGCCACACUCUGUUUUACUUCCUCCAUUGUUGGAGCAGCUUUUUAGCUAGAAAUGCUUGGUUUGCUUUCAGCCAACAGAGGACACUGAAAUUACCCCCCUAUGGGAUAGAUCCACAUGUAUAUACUUUAUAACUAAGUCUCCCUUCAGGGAUCCAACUGUGAACUGAUGAUAUGUUGACUUUUCUUCCAUUCCUGAGCCUCUGGGAUUUUCAGUAGUAAUAUGACUUUGUCGAAUGAAUAUGGUUCCAGUUCCUGGGAGCUCAUUGUUGCUAUUGAUCACCAGUGCGGAGGGGAGCAAAAGGAGAGCACCCUCCAAGUAUCAGGAGAUCUCCACAUUGGAGGAGUGAUGCUUAAGCUCGUGGAACAAAUCAGCGUGUCGCAGGACUGGUCAGACUAUGCCCUUUGGUGGGAGCAGAAGCAGUGCUGGCUUCUGAAAACUCACUGGACGUUGGAUAAAUACGGGGUGCAGGCAGAUGCCAAGCUGUUGUUCACUGUUCAGCACAAAAUGUUGCGCCUUCGCCUGCCGAGCAUGAAAACGGUGAGGCUGAACGUUAGCUUCUCAUCUGUGGUAUUCAAGGUAGUUGGAGACAUCUGCAGAACCCUUGGUAUUAGACGGCCAGAAGAACUUUCUCUACUGAGACCACCAGAAGACGCAAAAAAGAAAAAGAGAAAAGACAAAGACAAAGAACCAGUCAUAGAAGAUAUUUUAAAUCUGAACAACUCUCCUGUGAGUUUGGGAUUGCCAGCAAGCCCUGGCUUCUAUAGCAAAACCAUGACUCCCACCUACGAUCCUGUCAGUGGGACGCCUGUCUCUUCUGCAGUUGCCUGGUUUGGUGACAGCCUUCUGGCCAAGCAGAGCUGGAACAACCUUGCCUUCAGCCCUUCAAACUGCACACCGGAAUCGCUUGCCAAAAUGUACCAGCCUCGGACUCUGGUCGACAAAGCAAAGCUGAAUGCUGGGUGGUUAGAUUCCUCUCGGUCACUUAUGGAACAAGGUAUCCAGGAGGACGACCAGCUUUUGUUACGCUUCAAGUACUAUUCUUUCUUUGAUCUGAAUGCAAAAUACGACGCGGUGCGAAUCAACCAGCUCUACGAACAAGCCCGCUGGGCCAUUCUGCUGGAAGAGAUAGACUGCACGGAGGAAGAAACCUUCAUAUUUGGUGCGCUGCAGUACCACAUCAGCAAGUUGACACUGUCAACGGGGUCACAAGUUUUCUCAACUGAAGCAGAAACGGAUGAAGUGGAGGCGGCCCUUUCUAACCUUGAAGUCACUCUGGAAGGGGGAAAAGCAGAGAAUAUUUUGGAGGAUAUCACAGACAUACCAAAGCUUGCAGAUAACCUCAAACUAUUUAGGUCCAAAAAGCUGGCGUUGAAAACCUUCAAGCAAUAUUGGUUUGUCUUCAAAGACACAUCCGUCUCUUACUUUAAAAAUAAGGAAGCUGAACAUGGAGAACCCAUUGAGAAGCUCAACCUAAAAGGAUGUGAAAUUGUUCCAGACGUGAGUGUUUCGGGCAGAAAAUAUGGGAUUAAGUUACUCAUCCCUGUUGCCGAUGGAAUGAAUGAGGUGCACCUGAGAUGUGAUAACGAAAACCAGUAUGCCAGGUGGAUGGCUGCUUGCGUUUUGGCUUCCAAAGGGAAAUCGAUGGCUGACAGCUCCUACCACCCAGAGGUCCACAACAUCUUGUCUUUCUUAAAAAUGAAAAGCAGAACUGCUGCUCCCCAAGACGUUUCUGACAUGGAAAGCAUGGAUAUGAAGCCAGAGUGCUUUAUCUCGCCACGAUAUGCAAAGAAAUACAAGUCCAAGCAGCUGGCUACUCGCAUUUUGGAGGCGCACCAAAAUAUCGCCCACAUGUCUCUGGUGGAAGCCAAGUUGAGGUUUGUCCAGGCGUGGCAGUCGCUCCCCGAGUUUGGCUUAUCGUACUACAUUGUGAGAUUUAAAGGAAGCAAGAAGGAUGACCUCUUGGGCGUUUCUUACAACAGGCUGAUAAGGAUAGAUACAGCCACCGGGGACCCAAUUACGACAUGGAGAUUCUCAAAUAUGAAACAGUGGAAGGUGAACUGGGAGAUACGGCAGGUUGCAAUUGAGUUGGACCAGAACGUGUCUAUUGCUUUCGCUUGCCUGAGCGCAGACUGCAAGGUGGUGCACGAAUACAUUGGAGGUUACAUCUUCCUGUCCACCCGUUCCAAAGACCAGAACGAAACACUGGACGAGGACUUGUUCCACAAGUUAACUGGAGGGUGGGAAUGAGGAGAAGCAAGAAGCCUAUCGACAACUCCAAAAUGCGAGUGCCUCCGCUAGAUUCGCCUUGGUUUUGAACAUGAAAAGUUUAAACGGGUGCAGCUCAGUCACCUUUUGGAAAAGAAACAUAAGCUUACCUCAAGGGUUUAUCUAAGUUGGAUGUAAUUACUUGGCGCAGGGGUGGCUAACCCUAUUCGACUCCCAUUAUUUCUGACCACUGGAUGUGCUGGCAGGGCCAAUGGGAGUUGUAGUCCAUAUAAUCAGGAGACCCUCACGCUCCCCAUCCUUGCUUUGGAGCCUACUGUGCAACAACAAACCCAGAGUCCACUGUAUUGCAACCAAGUACCUGCGGCAGAGAUGCGGAGCCUGCAAUCUUCCAGGUGAUACUGCAAUCCAAGCCGCAUCAGCCCCAGCCAGCAUGGACCGGGAUGAUGGGAGUUGUAGUCCAAGAGUUAUCUAUCCCUCAUCUACAGUGUGUGUAGAGCACACGGUUUUGGCUCAUCCGUAAUCUUCAUUGGCGUGUGACGCAGGGGAGCCUGUGAAAUCCAGUCAAGGCUCCGAUGCGGCAAAUACUUUAGAGGACCAAUCCAGUUUCCUUCUGUGCCUCCCAUUCCUCACCUCCGCCCACUCCUGAACCCCUUAGGCAUGGUUGUUGGCAUCCAUCCAUCUCAAGACACAAUGGAGUGCUCCUCUGGGGGAGAAGUCAAUCCGUUGGAGAAUCACAGCACCUGCUGUGGCUGCAGAGACCGGUAACUUGUAACGGCUGCCUCCUGUGUUGUUUUUGCUGUAUCAGCAGCACGAAAUUGACUUCUCUGGGGCGCAAGCCUGGGCAGUGGGUAUGGAGGACCUGGGCUGUGGGCUGCCCAGAUAACAAGACUCGGCCCAAUGGCCUCGCUGAUGUGGUCCAAAGGAAAGCAGAGCGAUACGUUUGGCACCAGUUUGGCUGCAGGAGUUGCCAGAAGGAGGCAUACAAGACGGCAUUCAACUGUCUUAGGGACUCCGCUCCAGAUUUGUGCUUAGCCUGAUCUUUUCCUAAAGUUGUCCCACAAUGCAUCAGGUAUGGAUUUUUCCUCGGGGUUUACUCCCGAAGACUACAAACUGUCAGACACACACAAGCCUGGCAUACUGUGAAAAGCAUUUAUUUGAAUUGAUUAAUUCUGAUGACUUUUCCUUACUUCUUAAAUAAGUCAAGAAAACGAAGUGCCACCAAAAGAUUUAAUGUUGUUUUUAGGGUGUUGUUGCACCUGGACAUUUUUGUUGUUGUUGUUCUCAUGGAAAGGAUUUUAUCAACGUCCUCCCAGUUUUUGUUGCAAUUGCUCAUAUUUUCAUAAGCCAUUAGUACCUGCUUUUUGUACAGUGCUUUUUGCAUUUUGUAAAGCUUUGCAACUAGCGCCCUGCUGUAGGGAAACUACAGUUUUAAUUUCGCGCCAUCUUCUGAAGUAAUUUAACUUCCAGCUUGCUUUUAACGUUUAGUCAUUUUCAUAUUUUAUAUAAAAACUGUUGGCAUGUAGUAAUGAACCUACUGAAACCAUAAUUUUUUAAGCUGUGUAAUAGUUUUUAAAAUAAAUACAUACAUUCUUGCAAAACAAUAGUAUCCCAGUGAUACUUCCAGGACUUCCAUGAAAGCAUCUUCUUCUGUACUUAUUCUAUUCUGCCUUCUUCUUU